AUCAAUGGCUUUGGUGUGUGUGAAGAUGUCCCACCCAUACCCUAUCAGCGAGCAUUCUUCAGGCUGUUGUGAUUGGUCGGUGACCCUCACAGUGCGUGUGUAUUCAUAACAACUUUGAACAAUAACCAGCAACAAUGGUAGCAACUUCUCUUUAUCAAUUAAAAAACAACCGGAUCGAUCGAAGUGUUACGGAGGUCUGCUAUUGCAUGUGCAAACGUCAAUCUUUGUUAGAGAUCGCGGAUUUCUUUCCUACUAUGUCGAGGGUAAAUGACGUCAGACAGGUUAUAUUAAUUAACACUAGCAACAGAAGCGUUGGUUUUGCCUUUUUAUAUUGGACCCGAGUUGGAUAAUAAAACAAGAACCAGGAGACAUUUGCAAGCAGGACUUCAAUGGACGUUUCAUAGAAGUGUUUAAGAGAAAACCUCAAACCCAAGACGACAGAGAGGUGAGAAAGGGGAGGUGCUGAACACUCGCCCCCGGGAGUCCGGGACACAAACACAACUGGAAUCUGUUCUUCAACAUUUGUUUCCCCAAGGCAAGUUUUAAAUGAAUCAUUCAGACUGUAUGUUUGUUACUGACUUUGUAUUAUUGUGUAAUGCGGCAGCUGUAAUUCGUGCGACGCUUUUGAAUCGAUUAUUUAUAAACAAACAGACAUCCCCUUAUCUACGCUGGAAUAUAUAACGCUGUCAAUAACACACGUUUAACGCCUAAGCCUAAAAGUAACGAGGCAAAGUAGCUUUAUAAAACAGCCUUAAACCUGUCAACCUGUUACAUUUGUUGCAGUUUCAUUCUUGGCGACUCGCGUUUAGCGCUCGAGUAGAUGACGUUCGAGGAAAUGUGUAUUUGAUGCCCAAUAGCAUCAUGGGAAUUGUAGGCCACCGGAAUGUCAAUUGUUAAAUAAGUACUAAAGGUUUUAUUUUGAAACGAUGCAUAUUAUGAGAGUAAAUCGCGAUUGCCCAUAACAUCUUCGAAGUGUCCAGGGAGUAUUAUAUUUCUGUCUCGGUCUCGUUUGUCCACGAUAAUUGAAGUUAUUGUGCACUGCAGUGUUUAUCUACAUGUGCAGCAGUACAGGUGGGUGUGCGGAUGGCUGCCCGUGACAUCCCUUCUCUUCACACGCUUUACGACACCGGCAUGCAUCCGUCAUCUGCCCAGUAAUAUGCCUCAAGGGGAAGAUGGAUUGUGAAAACAAAUGUGCCCUGAGGUGCAUUAUGUCUCUGUGUGUUUAUCUGUGCUGAGGAGCAGAGAAGCAGCUGGGUUAUUUCACAGCCGAACACUGUCAACAUUUCAAAAUGCAACAAAACGGAGAACAGUAACCUAACCUCUGAGAAAACAGGCCAAUAAGCUGUUUGAUGACGUAGCAAUAUCAGGAAGAAAACCGGAGAGAUGCUUUAAGCCCAAAAUGGAUUUGAAAGUGAUGGAGUGGUCUUUAGAGCGAAUGAGGGAAUGGGUGGCGGGUGGCAUGCAGUCGGUACGGGAAUGUGAGUCCAGCGCUCUGGGCACUGCCCUUUGUCUCGCCCUCCUGUUUAUCUGGUACUGCUACCGUGUGGGAUGCGAGCACGCCGCCCCUUCGCUCCGUGGUGGCUUCACCCCUGAUCCACGUGGCAGCACCGUGCCCGGUGGAGUCCUGAGCUCAGAUCUCACAUCCCGCGGGGGUUCACUGAAACUCCGUCAAGUCACUGGGGUUGGAGGAGGUGGGGUCAGCGAGGAAGAACUUAACGGCUUCGCCUACUGCCAGUCACCUGAGUGCUUCCGUUGCACGAAGCCCGGCGAGAGCCUGAACCAGCGACUCUACCACAGUCUCCAAGAGUACGCGAAGCGCUACACCUGGGCCGGCAUGGGGAGAGUGCACAAGGGAGUACGCGAGCAGGGUCGCUACCUACUCUGCAGUCGCCCCUCCAUCCAGAAACCGGAGGUCUUCUUCCUGCCAGAUCUUCCUUCUGCUCCGUUCUUCUCAAGAGAGGCACAAAAACACGACGUUGAGCUUUUGGAGAGGAGUUUCCCCGCAUUGCUGGCUGAGUUUGAGAGUGCGUACCGGCUUCCGUCCAGUCGGACUGGCUCCUCACUUCCGCUGGGCUGGAAGGCUAACAGCACACCUCGCGGACAGUGGUGGACCUUCUAUCUGGUGAACCAGGGUACUCCGAUGGUGCUGAAUGCCAGGCGUUGUCCCCGGGCGUGGAGGGUACUCGGGCAGCUCCGUACUUUUAUUGCUAAUAAUGUGUUCGGAAAUGCCUGCUUCUCAGUGCUCAGUCCUGGAGCCACCAUCACUGAGCAUUAUGGGCCAACCAAUGUACGACUGCGCUGCCACCUUGGACUGAAGGUGCCCCCCGGUUGUGAGUUGGUUGUCGGAGGAGAGCCGCAGUGCUGGUCUGAGGGAAGCUGCCUGCUGUUUGACGAUUCUUUUCUUCACACUGCGUUUCAUGAUGGUUCCGCUGAAGAUGGCCCGAGAGCUGUAUUCAUGGUGGACCUCUGGCAUCCAAAUGUGGCAGCAGCUGAGAGACAGGCGCUGGACUACAUCUUUACCCCUGGACGCUGAGGGGCGGAUGCAGUGAAAAAGGUGGAACGCCCAAGGAAAAAUGAUUUCCAUUGAAUUAGCAGUAUGUGUAGGCGAAACUUUCGUGAGUGGGAAAGAGGAUAAGCACAUCAGUCUCCUCUUCUAGUUUAUGUACCUUUAUUCUGACUUUCCCUCUUAGCACUGCUGCAGUAGAGACUGAACCAUCACUAUUGUACAUUAUCAAUGUUUACAGACCACUAACCAUAGCAAAAAACGUUGAAAGACGUUUGCUUGAGACAAAGCCCUCGAGUAAAUUCACCAGUUGAUUGUUUUCAUCCUUGAAAGUAAGCUGCAGGUGACAGGAUCUCAUUAUAUCACCUCGCGCACUGACAGUCAACCGCACAUGGAGAUGCACUUUUAUCGGUGGGAUUGAAUAGGAAGCACAAUACGAUGUUUGGUCUGUACAUUUUUCCUGAGGUGAGGCUUACGCCAGAGAAGGUAAACAGCCGGUAAACGUCACAAGCUGCAGCGACAGGGAUUUGACAUUUACAGCAAUGUACGGCAGAGAUGUUACGCACUACCAGCUACUGUGUAAAAUGACCUCCAUCAAAUGCACUAGUGGCAGUUUUUGUUGCCACGUCUAAGCCAGGGUGAGAAAGAAUGAGAGCACAUCGAAUCAGCCUGCUUUCCACUUUGCUCUUUCCUACCCUGAGUUUUCAAGUUAAAUCAGAUUGCGUAUCAAUAGCUUUGUAUCUCUUUAAAACAAAAGUGGGACAUGGCGCCUAGUAUUUUCAAAUAACACAACGUUUUUUGGCUGUUAACAUGUGCUAGAUUCAGCCUUAUUGUGCUUUGUUGUACUGCUUGUAAACCGAGCUUUCGUGGUUGUCGCAUUGAUAUUGGUACAUUCCUUUUGUAAGAUGACAGACGGUUUACAGAACGUUUCGUGAGAAGUUACAUUUUAUAUCAUUGUGUGACUUUUGGAGUUGGGAGUCAAUUUUAUGACAAUGUUCCUACUUCCAUGUUUCCAACUUGUGCUUCAUGGACUCACUUUGCAAUGGAUGAGUAAUUAUUUAGAUUUAAUAAAGAUGUAAUUAAAGUGUG